GGUUAAGGGUCACGGGGCAGCGGCCCGCCAUGGCGCAGGUGGUGGUGGUGGGGUCCUGCAUGACCGACUUGGUCAGAUUGGAGGGUGAGCAGCGUCCCAGCCAGCUGUGAGAUCUACUCAGCUGAAUAUCUUUUAAUGCUCUGCAAUUAUACAUCGAGGCACAGUUGUACCACUCGUCUGCCAAAACCAGGAGAAACCGUCAUUGGACAUAAGUUUUUCAUUGGCUUUGGAGGGAAAGGAGCCAAUCAGUGUGUCCAAGCUGCUCGACUCGGGGCCAAGACCUCAAUGAUAUGCGAAGUUGGGAAGGAUUCCUUUGGCAAUGAAUACAUUGAAAAUUUCAAAAGGAAUGAGAUUUCUACAGAAUUUGUAGGUCAGACUGAGGAUGCUGCUACAGGAGCUGCUUCAAUAAUUGUCAACAGUGAAGGUGAGAAUGUUAUCGUCAUAGUCCCGGGAGCCAACUUGCUUGUGGAUUCUGAAGACCUGAAGAGAGCUGCUGAUGUCAUUUGUAAGGCCAAAGUGAUUGUUUGCCAGCUAGAAAUAACACCUGCAACGUCUCUUGAAGCCCUGAAAAUGGCACAUGCCAGUGGAGUAAAGACCUUAUUUAAUCCUGCUCCAGCCCAGGCUGACCUACAUCCACAAUUUUACACUCUUUCUGACAUCUUCUGCUGCAAUGAAACUGAGGCAGAAAUUUUAACAGGCCUCCCAGUUGGCAACCCUGAAGAUGCCGGGAAGGUGGGAUCCCUACUACUAGAAAGAGGCUGUAAGCUGGUAAUUGUCACUUUGGGGGCAGAAGGCUGUGUGAUGAUAUCAAAGGAAGAUCCCAUUCCAAAGCAUGUUGCUGCUGGGAAGGUCAAGGCCAUGGACACUACGGGAGCUGGCGAUAGUUUUGUGGGAGCACUGGCUUUCUACCUGGCUUACUAUCCCAAUCUGUCCAUGGAAGAAAUGAUUAGGAAGUCUAACUUCAUUGCAUCAGUGAGCGUCCAAGCACCGGGGACACAAUCUUCCUAUCCCUACAGGAAAGAUUUGCCACGGGAUCUUUUCUAAAUUUGUGCUGUCAAAUUCAGAUUGUAAUUUUCCCUCAACCCAGGCAAACUGAUUUUCAAGACUGUACACUGGCAAACUGCUUUUCCUGAGAAAGUCCAACUGUAAAUGAGGGGAGCAGAAAAGUUUAUUCCCUUCUCAAUCAAAUAUUUUGUUAGUCCCACUAGGGACCAAGUCUUUCAGACAAUCACAACUCUAUCCCUGGUACCAUCCACACACUCCCAUGAGAGUAGUUGCCAUUGUGCAGAACAGUACCAAAUACUAGAGAUGUCAGUAAGGGUAAGUGAAGUUAUUAAGCUCUUAAAUUCUGUGGUGUCUUCCAUAGCUUCUCCGUGCUCUCCAGUAACUAAAUCUAUACUAUUGAAGCUUCAGUACUUCCAGCUGGCAAGACCAUUAAAAUGCAAAGCUCACACAAUAAUCAUGAGUUUCCACAAAAAAUCCUUGUUCCUGCCAUUAGCUGCAAGUGCCAUAGCCUAGAAGGAACUCCAGUGUACCUCACUGACUAUCUGGAGACCACACAUUCCCAUGAGCAGUGUCAGCUCUUCCAUAUACUGCUCAGCAUGCAACAAAGUUCUGCAUGCUAAGCCAUGUAGUGUACGCUGACAGUGCUUUUCUGCCAAAGGCUUGCAGUGGGUUCCAUGCUUUGUCCACUAGCUGAGGUUCUUUGUUUCUAGGAAGGUGUUGAGAAAGCCUUCCCUCCCAUGGGCUAAAUUUACUUUUUGACCCAUUAAUCGCUCAGCGUCCCACCAGAAACAAACAUUUUUAAAGGGGACAAGAUGCUUAGUCUGGUUUUUUUGGCCAGAAAUCCAAGUGAGCCGGCAAGUCAAGAAACAAGACUAGGCAGGAAGCCAGUUAGAGAUUUACCCUCUGCCUUUUCGGACAUAAAUUCGUAAGUGAAAAAGCAUGUAAAGGUCCUUUUGCUUUUCCAAGUAGCUCUUGUUCCUCCCUUAUCUAGGCAAGAACCAGUACUCUGCCCCCACCACCCUUACAAAUGACAACCCAUUACUUUUCUGUCCACGGAAGGUGGAUUAUAACGUCUCUGGCAACCCUUACAUGGAGGUCCCGCUGUGGAAAAUGUUUCAUAUGGCAAUUAAAAGUUGAUGGUUGUUUCUUUGCUAAUUGCAGACAAUUUCACAAUGGAAAACACAGACAAUGGAAUCUAUUUAAUUUUUUUCUUUUUCUCUUUUAUAAUCAAUGACUAUAAAAAUAACUCAAAAGAUAAAUAAAUGUUGAUGUGAUGAUCUACGUACAGACACUA